UUUUCCUUACAGAUGAACAGCUGAGGAUGACGGGGCGAAGAUGGCGCUGCCCUUACUGAGGUCCUGCAGCUGUAACAGGCCCUUCACUGUUCUGAUCCGGUUCUUCACAUCAAAGCCACUUUUAGUGAAUCAGUCCAUACGACUCGCUCCCGUAGCGUCUGGUGUGUGCAGUGUGCGGCGGUACAGCUCUGAGCGGGGCAGACACAAACAGAAUCAAAAGGUUUUGGUUGUUGGAAUCCCGAACCCCUUCAUCUGGUUCCGAACCCGCAUAUAUUUCUUUCUCAUCCGAACCUAUUUCGACAAAGAGUUUAACAUCGAGGAUUUUACGGAAGGAGCCAAACAGGCUUUCUCACAUGUGUCAAGAUUGCUGUCUCAGUGUCAGUUUGAGGCUCUGGAUGGAUUAGUCGCUAAAGAUCUAGUAGGUAAGCUCGAGGACAAAUGCGCUCAUUUGCCUUUGAGCCACCAGAGGGCGCUGUCGGCCGAGUCUGAUGAGAUCAUGUACACAACAACAGGAGACGUUAGCAUUUACUAUGAUGAUAGCGGGAGGAAAUUUGUAAGUAUUUUGAUGCGCUUCUGGUACUUGACAAGUGCCAGACUUCCUGACGACACUAUGGAGGGAACACAAAUCUUCCAGGUUGCCAUAGGUGGAGAUGGAGAGAGACCAGAGACCAAGAGACUGCUCACAGCCAAUUAUGAAUUCCAGAGGGAAUUUACACAAGGUGUGACUCCAGAUUGGAUCAUCACAAGAAUAGAGCACUCAAAGCUUCUCGAUUAAGUGUGUUUAACUUGGAGAGGACAGAUCUUUGUAGGUUUGCUCAUGCAAGAUGUUGCUCAAUAUGUCCUGAAAAUGUAGACAUAAUUUACUAACCCUCUCUGGAAGGACAUCGGAAAAUAAUGUUGCAAUAUUGUCAACGGCAGAAUACUCCCCAUGGACAACAGAAAGUUAUAAUGUUUAUUUCAUGUGUUCAUCAGUGCAUAAGAUGUUUCAUCUCCACUGAUGUCAAAUUAUGUUUGAGUUAAGUUAUUUUUGCAUCCAUUUGCUCAUAGUUUUCUCUUUGAUAAGUAUAUAAAAUAUAUAUAUAUAUAUAUAUAUAUAUAUAUAGUACUGGUCAGUCAAGCAACUGUUUAAUCCAAAUGUUCAUGGAAUGAUAUGUUAGAUAUUUCAAAGUACAUAAAAAAAGAGAAGUAUGUUAUUUUAACAUGGCAUAUAAAUACAUCAUAAUCCACAAUAAAUAAUGUACAUACAGCAUUUUAAUAAUUUUGUAAAAGUUAAAAUAAAUGGUUAGGGACUUAAUUUAACUGUAUGCCCUUGAGUUUUUUUUUUUUUUUUUUUUUUUUGAUGUUUUGCAUAAAAAUGCCUAAAACCUCAUAA